UUUUCAAUGUGGAUAAAGCCUCCCACACUGGAGGGCAGAGAAAGUCUCACAUCAGGAUACUUACUCUGCUGCUUCCACUUGGCUGCUAUUUACCAAUGGUGUUCAGGAGCCCUAUUCAGGAUCAGGCCCCGUGGCAGUGCUAGCAUUACAUUCAGCUCACCCACUUUGUGCACAGACCCCACUACCUGGAUGCUGCUUCCUUACUGGGGACAGACUUCCAGCAUACUCUGCAAAGGCUAUGUAGCUGCAAAGAAAUUGCAACCAAGGGCAAACUGCUGUGUAGCAGCAAGUCUAGACUGUGCCCAGAGCCCCACUGACUUCCUUUAGGGAUCUGAAAGCCUAGCUCCCUAGAGCCUAACCCAAUGGGGCAUGACUGCAGGGGACUCGCCUGUUCUCUGGGCUUGGUUUAGCAGGGGAGGGGUUUGCAGCAAAGAGUAGGAUUUGCUUGUGAGUGGGAACUGGAAGCUGCUCUGCCAACUGGGCUGGGAUCUUUCCUGAUUGAAACCAAUGAAGAAUUCCUAGCACCUGCGCUGGCUGCUGGGCUCAGCAGGUCUUGAUUGGGAGGGCUGUGGAGUAUAAGGAACUGGCACUGAGCACAGAUUGCCUGUCAGAAGAUAUACACCUAUAAUUUCUCCUGAGAAUGUAUGUUCUGGUACUAGGACUGUGAGUCUAGCAUCAUGGGGCUGUGGAAAGAGUUCCUGGUGGUGCUUGCCUGGAGCUCGGUGUUUGCUGGUCAGAGAGGGAGAAGGAGCGCAUCCAAUUACCCUGUAUUCUAUGAGUGCAAUAAAACCAGCAUCCACCUGACCAUACACCUGAACCCCCAGGGAGCUGGCCUCAUGCUUGAUCCACAAUCCCUGCAUCUGGGCAGCUGCCCCUAUUCCAUCAUCAACAACCAACAGGGCCUUCUGCACUUUCAGUAUGACCUGAAGGACUGCAGCUUCUCACAGCUGACUUCUGGGAAUGUGCUUGAGCACUUCACCGACCUGACCUAUAAGCCUCCCUCUGGGAGAGGCAGAUACUACGCUACCUCCUUCAGUGAAAGAAUAAACUGCACUGAUUAUGAUGCAAAAUCCUUGACUCCUACAAAUAUAUCCUCAGUUACUGGUCAGCUGUCUGCCUCCAGUGUACUGAUGUUCAAGGUAACGCUGAUGAAUGGGGACUUCAGUGCCCCUUCAGACUCCCAGGUCUUUCCCCUGGGCUCUCAGAUUCAUAUAGAGUUUGCUGUACAGAGUUUCUUCCACCAGCCUCUGCAGAUUUUUGUGGAUGAGUGCAUGGCCACCACAACCCCAGAACUCCACAGAUCUCCCAGGAGCUACAGCAUUAUUGCAAACCAUGGGUGUUUUGUGGAAGGUAAAGUGUCAAACUCCCAUUUUCUGCCCAGAAAGGCUCCUGAAGCUAUCAGUCUUUCCCUGCAGGCUUUUGGAUUUGUAGGUGUGGACUCGGAUAUCUAUCUUCACUGCCAGGUGCUAGUCUGGGACCCCCAAGUCCUCAUGCACCCCACUAGGAAGGCCUGCUCAUUCCACAGGGACACAAAUAGGUGGGAACUCCUGGAUAAUCCUAUUCUAAGCAACAUGUGUGAUUGCUGUGAGACUCUCUGCCAAGAAACAGGCUUGCGCCACAAGAGAGCCCUAGAAGACUCUGCAGAGAAAGGAGGGCUUAUCCAUACUGUUGUACUUGGGCCCUUGAAGAUCCAGAAACCAGCUCCAAAGACGGGAAGCUACAAAUGGCUCUCUUGCGGUCAACCAUUAUAAAGCUAUUGGUGUCCUGCUUAUGGCUGCAGUGCCAGUGGUGCUGUGUCUGGGCUUCUCCCACCACAGUGGCCGCUGCUUCAGAAUCAAGAUGGCUGAGGACUCGGAUUCUGAGGGACUGAUUACAGCAGAAGCAGAUGUUUAGUACAGAUGUGGAAUGAGUCGAAGUUGUGGGUUUGUUUUGUUUGGCG